AUGGCGGACAAGGAUACGUGUAAUUCUGAUAUUUUUAUGGUUUUCUCUUAAUUUCKUUCGCAUCAUAAAACCAUGGACAGAACAGUUUUGUUUAAAGCAAGUGUGAAAACUAUUCGCACAAGAAACAAAGCUCUUGGAGUAAAAGAUUCUGACAAAGGGUCGUCAAUCUUACCAACUCGGUCAAAACUUGGCACAGAAUUUGGCAAAAGAGCUCGAGAUGUGCUGAUCAAUACSAGAAAAUUGAGAGACUUCUUGAUGGACCAUCGUAAAAACUACAUUGAUGCAUCAAGUUCUGAGAUAUCGAGUAUGACUGAUGCUGAGAGGGAUCAGAUAGACAAAGAUGCAGAAACAUUYAUGAGGACAUGUAAUGUCUCAAUAAAGACACUGAAAAAUGAAGUGGCACAGCAAACAGUUCCAGAGCAAGUCAAGAUUCACAGAGACACUGUCAUUGAAUUACUGGAAAAGUAUCUGAAAGUUGUUUGUAAGCUAUACAGUGAACAAAGAGCGAUACGAGUCAAAAGAGUUGUWGAUAAGAAAAGAAUAUCAAGGUUACAACCAGAGAAUAGAAAAAGAAGUCACCAAGUUGAAAAUGGAGAACAGGAACAGAAAACUCUGUUAUCAAAUGAAGACAAACAAGCACCUUUCUUUGAAGACAGCUUUGAACCACCUGCAGACGAAGGUGAAGAACUYUCACCAGAUGAAGUUCAAAUGUUUGAACAAGAAAAUAAGAAGUUAUUUGAAGAAAUGAAUAGUUUGGUGGAUGAAGUGAGACAAAUAGAAGGCAGGGUUGUGGAGAUUUCAAGGCURCAAGAAAUAUUCUCUGAAAAGGUCUUACAACAGUCACACCAAAUUGAUAGACUGUAUGAAACGUCAGUUGGUACUACUGAAAAUGUCAAGUCUGGCAAUGAACAGAUACGAGAGGCAAUAAAGAACAAUGCAAGUUUUCGUGUUUGGAUUCUGUUCUUCCUGGUAAUGUGCUCAUUUAGUCUUCUGUUUCUGGAUUGGUAUAGCUAGCUAGUGAUAGCUAAUU